AUGAUACGAACUGGUUUUAAAAAACUUGUAUUGACAAAGGUAAAGGCAGAGGUCCGAGCAAGGGCAACCGAAGACGACCGAUAUCACCAGAAAUAUGGAUGCAAUUGCCGGUGUGGAGAACGGAAUGAGGCAUCACGAAUUGUAGGAGGCGAGGAGACAAAUGUUAAUGAAUUCCCAUGGCUAGCUCGUCUCACUUAUUUCAACAAGUUCUACUGCGGGGGUACGGUUAUCAAUGACAGAUACGUGCUUACUGCUGCACAUUGCGUUAAGGGAUUGAUGUGGUUUAUGAUCAAAGUGACAUUUGGUGAGCACAACCGCUGCAAUGAGACUCAUCGGCCGGAGACCCGGUUCGUGGUGGAGGUUAUCGCUCAUAACUUUACGUACGUCACCUUCAGAGACGAUAUCGCACUCCUGAGACUAUCCGAUAGACUUAUUAUCACAGACGCAAUUAAACCUGUCUGUUUGCCACAUAAUGAUGCCUACACUUACGAAGGGGUGAAGGCCAUUGCUGUUGGCUGGGGUUCCAUAGGUGAACAGAAAAACCAUUCCUGCCAUCUACUUGAAGUGGAACUUCCCAUACUUAGUAACGAAGAGUGCAAGAAUACAAAGUACGUAAGGACUAUGAUAGCUGACAACAUGCUUUGUGCUGGGUACCCAAAUCAAGGGCGGAAGGAUACAUGUCAGGGAGACAGUGGAGGACCAUUAUCAGCUGAAAGAAGCGACAAGCGAUAUGAAUUGCUAGGUGUGGUGUCGUGGGGCAUCGGUUGCGGUCGCGCGGGGUACCCUGGGGUGUACACUAGGGUCACAAAGUAUUUAUAUUGGAUAAAGUAUAAUGCUCGUCACGGUUGCUUUUGCACUGAUUAA